CAGAGAGGAGGAGGAGAGAGGAGGUGCUGAAAGGGACUCGAUACCGCCCCCCCUCCCUCCCGGAAAAAAAAAAAAAAAGCCUGGAAGAAUUGCGCUCCGUCAGUGCGCCCUGCCUGCCAGUCGGAGGAUGGGGAUUUUUUUUCCAUUCAUCCACGUCCCCUUUUUCCCUCCUCCCUCUCUCAAACAAGCCAGUCGGUCUGUCAAUGCGCUGCGAGCAUUAGGGCAAGUCAAACCAGUGGGAUUUUGAGGCAGAGAGACGGAUGAGAUAACGAAUGAAGCGCUUUCCUCUGGCGGAGAAGCGACACGUCCAGCUCUCCAAAUGAUGCGCUACAUCAGAUAGGCGUCAAUUUCCAACAGGGACUGAUGCUCACAACUCGCAUCUUAUUCUUUUUUUUUUAUUUCCUCACAAGUUUCACGUUGGCCUUUGUGCGACAUUAUUAGAGUGGAGAUGCUUUUCUAGCUCUUUGGUUUGUUUCUGUCUCAGUUUUCUUGCGUUGUAGCGCGAAUUGAUUCUUGGAUUUAUCAUCGAUUUGGAUCCUGAUUUGGUUUUUGUGUGUGUGUGUUUUUAUUUCCAACGAGUCCGUUGCUGAAGGAUUUGCGGAUUUACAACCCGUGUUCAAGCCUGUGUAUUUUACAAAGAGGAGAAUAAGGAUUGUAAUGCGCACUGACUAAGCCCACCGAGCAUCAACAUGUCUUUAUGAGGAUGGAGCUGUGGACACGAGUGACAUCUUUUCCAUUUUAAACGCUUUACCUUCACAGUUUUGGCCUGAUCUCGACUGUUUCCUUCCAGCAGACUGCCAAUAUCUCUUUUCAGUCCAGCCUGUUUUGUUGGGAGGUAGAUCUUCUUGCGAGAAAACAAGGUAAUGGGAGAGAAAUCACACAGAGUCGGCACAGAGAACAAGGGAACAUUGUUCGGAAAAAGACAAUUAGGGCGCACCGAAAGGCAACAGAAAUAGCUCUGGGGUGGCGAUAAAUUUCACAAAAUUCGAUUCAGUGGAGUUAUAUUUGUGCUGAGGAGCAGUGCUUGGCUAAAAGGACGACUAAUGACAAAUUAAGGGGAAAGUCAUGGGAUUGGCACUGAAAUAGUACGAUCGUGGACGCGCAGAAAAAAAAAAAAAAAAACAACCCCCGUCGUUUUUGGAGACCCAGACGCACGGAUUGAAACAAGUUUCUCCUGCACAUUUUGAGAGUGUGUGUUUUUGGUUCCAGCACAAUUUGAUGAAUUUUGGAUCCAUGAGGUUGUACACAGCGGGCUUUCACUCCACGCUCUGACUGUCUCUACCUAUAGCCUGAUCGGCUGUAGUCGCACAUCCAUUGUUUUGAGAGUCGCCUUGCAACAGCAUUGAAAACACAUAAUAUUGGCCAUUUCUUCUUUAAAUGGGGCUACAUAUGCUGGGUGUCAGGGUUGAAAUGGCGUGUCGAGGAAGUGGGAAUGGAUUGGGGAUCCUGCUGGUAUUCUUACUGGAUUUACUGGGGACGACGGCCAGCAAUAUGGAGCCCAUCUACUGGAAUUCCCUGAACGAAAGGUUCAGGGACGACAAGGGCUACAUCCUGUACCCUCAGAUCGGGGACCGGCUGGACCUCAUCUGCCCUCCGCUGGACACCGUCAGGUCCACGCCAGAGUACGAGUUCUACAAGCUCUACCUCGUGUCGUCGCGGGAGCAGGCGGACCGCUGCGAGGUGAUGGGCGCCCCCAACAUCGUGCUCACCUGCGACGAGCCCACCCGCGAACGCCGCUUCACCAUAAAGUUCCAGGAGUUCUCGCCCAACCUCUGGGGCCACGAGUUCAAGAGCAUGCACGACUACUACAUCAUCGCUACGUCAGAUGGGACGCGCCAAGGCCUGGAUAGCAUGAGAGGCGGAGUGUGUGCCACGCAAGGCAUGAAGGUGGUCCUGAAAGUGGGACAGAGUCCAUAUGGACUGCCUCCGAAGAAGGAGCCAGCGGGACGCACCACCAGCAGAAACCCAGGCGGCACAGGGAACUCCACUCAGUCUCAAAGACCUAACAGCUUUGGGGGUGAAGGCGGCGGCGAGAACGGGCCCCUUCAACCCUCCAACAUUGCCCUCAUCGCCGGCGCCGCGGGGGGCUCCGCCUUCCUGCUCCUGGUGACCGCCGUGAUCUGCGUCGUGUGCUACCGGCGGCGGCACGCCAAGCACUCGGACACCCACCACCCACCUCUGUCGCUGUCCUCGCUCACCAGCCCCAAGCGGGGAGGCGGCGGGGGCAUCACCAGCUCCAACAACAACGGCUCCGAACCCAGCGACAUCAUCAUCCCCCUGCGGACGUCGGACUCGGCCUACUGCCCGCACUACGAGAAGGUGAGCGGGGACUACGGGCACCCUGUGUACAUCGUCCAGGAGAUGCCGCCUCAGAGCCCAGCCAACAUCUACUACAAAGUAUGAGACGGCCGCUGCUCCGGCCGACUGGACACACCCACCUCCCUCCACCCAUUACCAACAAAUUCCUUUCUCCAAAUGAAGCCACAGCAAAGCUCGCCAUCACAGCUCCGCCCCUGAACCCCUCAGUACUACCAGUAUUGUCCCCUGGACCCCAAUCACUGCCCCGUGAGCCCUCACCCCCCCAGCUACAGUUGUGUUUCUAGCUGAAUAAACCACCCCACCCCAUCGUCACACAACUGGGCUACUAGUGUGUGUUAAGGGCAAUGUCACAACCAUACAUAGCCCUUCUUAACAAGGCCCUCAUGAAUGGGCAAGAGCCUCUGAGUGCCCCCUUCUUGUUAACUCAGAGCUAAAUGAGCCCCACCCGUGCUGAAUAGAAGAGUCGUUCCCCAAAACGCCAGUGUGUAUGUGCAGCACACACUCUUUUUCUAGGAGUAUGGACCUGGCGUCGGGACAUGUGAUGUUUUAAAAAAGAAAAAAAGAGAAGAACUACAACAACAAUAAAAAAAAAAAAACCUACACCCCUGAACCCACUUAGCGCUGGAGAACUCUGAUUCCCAGAGGCCAUACCUGCCUAUCCCCCGCCACCCCGCCCCUCAGAGCUCCAUCAGCCAACCAGAGACCGGCCCCUGUCACUAACUCACCAAUAGGAUAACUAGUUUGUUUGUGUUUGUUUCUCCUGAGAAAAUCAGGGGCCUCGGACUCACCCAAUCAGCAAAGCCAGGGCGGCGGUCAUAUGACCAGGCCCAGGGCCUGAGGAGGUCUGACCAAUCGGUGACACUCAGAAUCUUGUAUAUUUUAAUAAUGUGCGUGAGUGCGCGCGUGUGUGCGACUGUGUGAGUGUGCGUACAACUUGGAUAAUAAUUAUGGCGCUGCUGCUCCACAUUAGAUGUGUGUGUGCAGUUAGUGUGCUUCAGUACAGCAAGUUUGCAUAUGAGUUUGCAUAUGCGUGCGUGGGGUUUAGUUUGUGCGUGUGUAAGCUUUGUGUGUGAGUGAUUGUGCGUACGCGUGCGUUCUUUAGACUUGUCUUAAAUACCAAAACACAAAAUAGUGAGCGAAUAUCAAAAAAGUGAGAUUUUUUAUCGCUAUCAACACUUAUAGAUUAUAUAUAUGAAUAUCCAGUAAAUAAUUUCUAGAUGUUUUCUUCUGUUUUCUAUUGUUUUAUUAUUUUUACCCACUCUGUUAAAACUACACUUCUGUUGCUAGACAUUUUUUAUCUGCUGUUUUUGUUUUUCACAACUUAGACCGACCUUGUUUCCUUCCUUUUCCCUUUGCGUUGUAUAUUAAUUUAAUCCCUUUUUUAAUUUUCCUGGCGAACAGAGGUUGUUUCUCUCUUCCUCUCUUCCCUCUCUCUCCCUUCCCUCCCUCCUUCCCUCUUUCCCACCAUCCUCCACCCCUCUAGGGUCUCUGAACUCUGUGUAUAUUUUUAUAGCUCCUUGUACUAUGCUGUAGUUUUGAAGUUUAGACCUCGUUUGUGGAAGUGUUGAGGUAGAACCAUCUAUGAAAGUUUUUUUUUUUUUUUUUUUCCGAACGCUUUUUUUGAAACUCAGAAUUGAAAAGAAGUGAGGGGGGCAGGGGGAGGGGGGGGUGGCAAUGGUGGGUAAGAGGGGAGAGUUGGGGGGAGGGGGGGGUGAGAGGGGAUGAAAUGAAAAAGAAGAAUAAAGGAAAAAGAACAGGGCGAGAGAGAGUGCUGUCUGGGGAGGAGGAAUAAAGCGGCGUCUGAAUCCAGAACUUUAAAAAAAAAAAAAGAGAAGAAGGGAGGGAGGGGAACAAGAAAAGAAAAGACUGUGAAGGAAUUGCACACUAAAGAAGCUGAAGGGAGGGCAGGAUGGGAGCGGCAGGAGUGAGAGAUGAAGGAUCCCAAGGAAGGAAGGAUGGAGAGAGCAGACGAAAAAGAGUGGCUGGCAAAGGAGAGAAAACCUUUUCUUUAAACGGAGGGUCUGAGCCUCCUGAACGGAGGCGAUGGACCGACAGCCAAAACGGAUUUCGGAGGAGUUGAACUCUAACCAUGGAAAGGCGAGAUCCCAUCACAUACUCUCUCUCUCUCUCUCUCACACACACACACACACACACACACACACACACACACACACUUACACACACGUCUGCUGUUACUCGGUCACACUUUGCGUUAACGUGAGGUGGCACAUUUCAGAUUUGCUCCUCUUUUCCGCCAAAAUUUGUGUUGAAAUGCAUCUCUGUGUAUCACACACACACACACAGAAACACUCUCUCGUUUGUUAUAAAAGUGCAGACAGUACACUGCUAGCUGCGGACACACACAAGAGAAAUCCCCCAGGCAGUCAGUACACUCUGUUUCUCUCUGUUUGACACACACAUAUACACACUCCCACACAUCCCAACACAAAUUUCACACCUUUUAAUGACUGUCACAAAUGCCUACUGAUUGCAUUGAAUGACAUACAUUCUCUCCUGCUCCCGCUUGCUCUCCCACAAAACACAUUCACACGCACACACAGACAGACGCGCACUUUCACCCACACUCAACAAAAAUGCUGAUUGCUUUCAUAUGACUCUGUAUUUCUGUGAUUAAGACUAACCUGAUGGACAUGGGAGGGGAUGAAAAGAGAGGGGUUGUGUGCGGUGUGUUUUUCUCCUCUCUUUCACACACCCUCACACCCUCGUAAAAGCGCGCACGCACACACACACACACACACACACACCACAUGCUCACAUGCAAACACGCUAGUGCCCAGCACCUCACCCUUGGAGGGCAAUAACACAACGCUGUGUUCAGAGGUGCAAUAUGUUCACAUGUGCAUACUAAUAAAGCUGUUUUGUGUUGCUCAAACAUGUUUAUGGCUUAUGUGUAAACUGGGUGGCAGUGGAGAGCUUAAGCUUCUUUUUUUUUUUCCAGACAUGCACACACACAAAUACAUAAAGCCUCCAGUGAUGUAGCCAUGUUUUCUGUGUGAAGCCAGUGUUAAAUCUGGACCUUUCAACAUUUCUCAGCUGUGUUUUGUAUCAGUAUCUAACAUCAUAUAAUGAGAUAUCUUUCAUACUUAAGUGUCACAUUCGUCCAAAUUGACUUUGUUCAACACCUGAUGAUGAUGUUCAGAUAUGUUUUUUAUACCAUGAAUGAGUUUGGAUUGUAUUUGACUGUAUCAGAAUUGAUUUCAAAGAUGAAAUGAGAGGAAAACACCUCAAAUUCUUCUUUUUGUACAACUACCGACUUGUGUUUUUUUUAUGUAUGCUGUUAAGUCUAUGUCUAUUUAAACAUGCUCAGAGUACCUAAAAUAAUCCUCCAAGCCAAAUGAAGUGUCUGUUACUCUCUCUUCGACAACUUCUGCGACUCUGUGGAGCAACUCCAAUCCAAAAUGACAGUAUUUUAUUCUAAAAUGGCUGCAGCCGCAAGGGGGGGAGAAAUAAAACCUCUCUGACUUUACAGCGGCGACUCCGACAAAAGACGCCACUGCCCUGUUUUCAAUCCAUUUCGCUCCCUCUCCCCCCUCCCUCUCAGCAGAAUGUCAAGUAUCUCUUGGACUCUUUUUUGUUUCUUUUUUUUUUUUUUAUUGUUUGAUUUUCAUGUCGAUGUUAUUUCAAAGUUGUGUCUCUGGCUCUCACUGUUUGUGUUUGACUGGUCGACUCAACGUGUUGGCUUUUCUAAAAAUCAUGGACACGGCCACUGGUUGUCAUGUUGAAAAGAGAAAGAAGAAAGUGCUGUUUUUAUGGAAUGCUGGAGAGAGUUUAAAAAAAAAAAAAAACAGCUGCCGCCUAGCUCCCUCACCUCUCCGUUGGUGAAAGUGUGUGUAAAUGUGUGUGAGUGUGUGUGUGUGUGUGUGUGUGUGUGUGUGCGUGUGUGUGUGUGUUUCUUUGUGCCAAUAGCCAGCAAGCGGAGGCCCGUGGAGCAGGGUGGCUCUCGUAUGUGACGUGUUGAGACUUUGUAUUUGGGACAACUCUGUGUGAGAAGGGUUUUUUUGUGUCCUCUCCUCCUCUUCCUCUCUCCUCCUUACCCCUUGUCUAGUCAUCACAGCGACCCCUGAUCCCCCUACCCCCCCUUCCCUCCCUUCCUCCCCCAUACCCCCUUGCCUUUCCCUCCCGAACACACCUCUAAAGAGAGGAAAAAACUAGUACAUUCCUGGUUUGGAAAAAAAAAAGGUUGAAUAAAAAAAACAAACAAAAAUGUUUAAGCACCA